UCUCCAUGUAUAUAUAUAGCAAGAAAUAGCAACCAUCUUUUCUUCUUAUUACAGGCAAAGUUUCUCGCUUUGUCUUCUUCUUCCUCCUCUUCAACAGUAUAGAUUAACAUCGCCAUGGAACCUGCAGCUUCCACCACUCUGAACCUCGAGCUCAGCGUCAGCCCAGCAGGCCUCACUGAUGCAGGCUUGUCGCCUAAUCGGACUCCGGCUCCCGAAGACUCUAUGUUCAUUAAAGAGAAACUUAGCAGAAUAAGAGAAGAUAAUAGGAAGUUGAAUGAGAUGCUAUGUGACAUGAGCAUGAACUACAACGUCCUCCAAAAUAAGAUUUUUGAUUUCCUCAACUCGUCGUCCUCCGAAAAGGUGGCCGAAACCUGCUCUGCCAUGAUAAAGAGGAAGAGCGACAGCCUCGAAUCGGAGAGCUAUGAAGAUGCAAACAAUGGAGUUGAGCCGAAUGUGGAGAGCUCGAAAAGUGACUUAGAAUCUCACAAGAGAUUGAGGGUGGAUUCCAAGUCCAAUAUCUCAAAGAUUUGCGUGCGAACAGAUCCAGCUGAGACAAGCUUGAUUGUGAAGGAUGGUUAUCAGUGGAGAAAAUAUGGACAGAAGGUUACAAGAGAUAACCCCUCACCAAGAGCUUAUUUUAGAUGUUCGUUUGCUCCAUCAUGUCCUGUUAAGAAGAAGGUGCAAAGAAGUGUUAAUGAUUUGUCGCUCAUAGUCGCGACAUACGAAGGUGAGCACAACCAUAAGGCUCCCCUGCAAAGUCAAGGUUUUAGUAGAGUGAGCCAUGUCAGUUCAGAGAUUCCUUCCUCUGUAACCAUAAACUCAAUCUCGGCGGAGCUCACUGAUGUGAAAAAAGCUUGUGGGGAGAUGAAGUCUAUAGGGUUUCAGAACGUUAUGAUUGAGCAGAUGGCGGCAGCGUUGGCGAAAGAUCCGAGCUUUAGAGCAAAAUUAGCAAAUGCUAUAUCUGGGAGGAUCUAUGAGUUCCAAUAUAAAAAUUGAUCGCAAAAUGUCAUCUUUUUUUACUUUCUGAACUUUAUAUCAUCGCGUAAAUAAACUUUUGUGAUAUAUUAAUGGACUGUUGAC